UUCACUCCCGUUUUCUUCAAACUUUUCAUAUCUCGCUUCCUUCUCAUUAUCUCUCUCUCUCUUUCGGUCUCAUUUCAAUAUUUCCCCUCAUUCUUUUUCGUGAGAGGGAGAAACCCAAAGAUUUUGUCUGCCGUUUCUUUUUUUUUUUGGUGAUAUUGAAAUCCUCUGAAUCACAUAAAAAAAGAAACCGGGGCAAUCUAUUAGAUCCAUACCAUUAACAUAUAAAGAGAUGGAGAAUAGAGGAGUAGAGAGCGCCCACGCCCACGACGACGGCAACGGAAAUGGGCAGGCAGUGUCGUAUACUUAUUGUGUGAGAGAAACGACGGCGGACGCUACUCCGCUCCCUGUUCCUAAGAAGCUCACUGCUCAAGACAUCCUUUCAACUCAAUCUCAGUCUACAUCUCUUGGUUCUGUUUGGAAUAAGGCUGGAACUUGGGAGGUCAAAGAGUUAGGAAGACAAUACCUUUCGUUGAAGGAAUUGCUUAAAUCUGUGGGUUCAUUGGAUUUAUCUUGUGGCAAGGCUGAAAUUUCUGAUGUAACCAAAUGUGUUGGCGAUGCUUUUUUGGUGACUAUACGAAACAAGAAGCGUGUUGGUUAUACGUAUGAGUUGACAUUAAAAAUCAAGGGGGAGUGGCAUCUACGGGAGGAGAAGAAGACGGUUAAGGGCCAUAUUGAUAUCCCAAAAUUUUUAUUUGGUGAGCUCGAUGAUUUGCAGAUGGAGGAGUUUACGGAAAAGGAGAGGGAGCUUCGAACUAGUUCACUAACUAGAAAACAACCAAAUACUGGGUCAAAAGAAACCAGAUUAGAUGAAGUGCUAUGGAGGCACAAGGAGAGAAAACCUUUUGCCUAUGGACUUUGUAAUGAAUGUUAUGAAGAGUUCAUGAAGGUUUCAGGAGGGCUUGAUGGAGGAUCAGAUCCACCUGCAUUCCAACGUCCUGAGAAAGAGAGACUGGCAAAAUUAUCUAUUGAGGAAAAUGCUAAAGUAUGUUCUGUAAUCAUACUUUCUAAAGGUUUAAGGACAGUGACAGGUUGAAAAUCCUAAUUGUAAUCACUUGAUAUAUUUUACUUUGCGAGAGUCAUGUGGGCACUCAAGUUAUUCUCUCACAAUAUACUUCUCUCCCUUCCU